AUGGAAUCAGACAGUGAAUUUGAGAUGAGCGAUGUUGGUUCGGAGCAAGGAGAUGAGGCGGAGGAUCAGUUCCUCACAACCUCUGAACUAGAAGAAGAAAUGGAGGGCACCAUCUCUGAUGUCCAAUCGAUUCUAGAAGUUUCCAGAGGAAGCUGCAGGAUCCUUCUCCGGAAGCAUAAAUGGAAUAAGGAGCAUUUGAUGGAGCACUUUCAUGAUUUCUCGAGUUUGGAGACCACAGAAUUGUUGGUGGCUGCUUCCAAUGACGGCGAAUGCCCUAUCUGCUGUGGUGUCGGCUCACUGAGCAGUUUGAGUUGCAACCACUCGGCUUGUGACAUUUGUUGGGAAGCUUAUUUGAGUCAGAGAAUUGUGGCGGGAGUAGGAGGCAUCGAGUGCAUGGCAAACGGGUGUAAAUUGCUGGCGGAGGAUGAGAAGCUAACCCAUACCGACAACCACCCCAUCACUUGCCCCUGUGGAUGCACAUUUUGUUUCUCAUGUGGUGAAAAUUGGCACGCACCAGUCUCGUGUCGCCUUCUGAGAAUCUGGAAUCUCCGCUGUAUUGAUGACACCGAAUCCUUCAACUGGAUCAAUGCGAACACCAAAGACUGUCCGAAUUGCAACAAGCAUAUCGAGAAGGCCGGCGGGUGUAAUAAGAUCAUGUGUCAGUCUUGCCGUUUUCUAUUCUGUUGGAUGUGUUUGAAAAAUUGGGAUGCACAUGGGUAUAGCCCGUGUAAUAGUUUCGAAGUGAAGUCAGCUAAAGAUGCUCGAGAACAGUCCCGAUUCGAUUUGAAUAGGUACCUAUUCUACUAUAAUCGAUUUUUGGGACAUCAGAGGACUCAAAGCAAAGUUCAAGUGAAAAUGGAGCAACUCCAGAAGAGAUCUACAAUGACGUGGAUCGAUGUUCAAUUUCUGCCAGAUGCCAUAGAAGUGCUUUCGGCGUGUAGACGUACUAUGAUCUAUACAUAUGUAUUCGCAUUCUAUUUGGAAAGGAAUGAUAAUCAGAGUCUGAUUUUUGAGUCUAAUCAGAAGGACUUGGAAAUGGCCACAGAGCAGUUGUCAGCGAUUUUGGAGCAGCAAUUGGAUUUGAGUGGGGAUGUGAGGAUGUUAAAGUUGAAGGUCCAGGACACAUGCCGCUAUGUGGACCACCGUCGGAAACUUCUUCUAGGCCACUGUACCGAGGGAACCGACCAAGGAAUCUGGAAAUUUAGCGAGUAA